AUGCUCGCGUUGUCAAGGCUUCUUGUGUUCAUUGCGCUCUCGUGCUCUUCGGCCGUGCUGGCCAGCAACAUCGUGCUAACGAACGACGACGGAUGGGCUGUCGCGCAGAUCCGCGCUCAAUACGCAGACUUGGCAUCCGCAGGCCAUGACGUCAUACUGUCGUCCCCUGCGGAGAACCAGUCCGGGACGGGCUCGGACACCGAGACUCCCCAGUCCCUCACUGAGCCUUGCGAGUACAACACAUGCCCCACGGGCUCUUCCGCGGAGGGUUACAACUCGAGUGACAACCAUCUGAACUACGUGAACGCUUACCCUGUGGAUGCUGUCCGCUAUGGUAUCCAGACGCUUUCUCCUGAGCUGUUUGAUGGCGCGGAGCCUGACUUCAUCGUCAGCGGACCCAACAUCGGCACGAACACGGGGAAAGCCACCCAACACUCGGGAACCGUCGGCGCAGCCUGCGAAGCAGCGAAUGAAGGUUACCCGGCCACCGCGUUCUCCGGAAAAACUGGGAAGCAGAAGUCCUACACCAAGCUGUACAGCGACCCCAGCUCGUCAACCAGCGAGUCCGCUUGGAUCUACUCCGCACUCACCGUCCAGUACACCAAUACGAUCCUGACAUCCAGCAGCAACCCGCUCCUGCCGUCCGGCAUCAUCGUCAACGUCAACUAUCCCUCCACCAAGGACUGCUCGGACCCAAGCGACUUUGAAUGGGUUUUCGCGCGCAACCUCGCGAACUCGAGUGCGACGGACUACGAGACGUGCGGGAGCACUACGCUGCCUACGGAGAAGAGCGUGGUGAAGACGUCGGGGUGCUAUGCUAGUGUCGCGGUUCUGAAUGCGACCACCAAGACGGACGUGGAUGCGAACAUUCAGGGAGAGGUGUAUAACACUCUGUCGGGUCUCCCUUUCAGUUGCCUGCCGAGCUCGUGAAGCUCAUCCGGGCAGCGACUGAGGUACAGACUGGCGUAGGCCCCAUUGUUGGGGAUAUCAUCGACUUUCCAGACCUUCAGAGUUACAUUCGUCACAUCGAUACAGAGACAUACCGCAUUCAUAGAGUCAAUCCAGA